UCAGAGGUCAGAGUUGAACCUCUUCCCCCGUCUCCCAUAGCAACGCAUUCGGCUUCGGUAACCCAGCGGGGAUUUGUCCCGGGGUGUCACCACAAGGCCUGUAUCUCCAAACCGAUCUUCGAGUUGUACAAUUGCAAUUUCCUCAAAACUGAGUGACUGCUUCUUUGUUCACAAUGGCAUUCAAGAAAAAAUCUCGAAAUCUUGCACCAUUGGAUUCUAAUGUCAUACUUGGGACAAUCUCACCAGCUAAUCAGUACCUUGUACGUCUGAUUGAGGAUAAAAAGGAACUGUCUUUCAAAAAACCAACAGAGGAAAGAAUGAACUUGGUGUUUCAGGUAUUAGAUGACCUCUUGCCACAGAUGGGCAUAUUUACCAGAAUACUGAAACUCAGAGAUGAACUCUAUGCUGGAAUAUAUAGUACCAAAAUUACUGGGAGUUCAGCACUAGAAUCCAGAAUGGCUGCUGCAAUCACACGAGCACCUUACUUCAGCUUGUUUCAUCAAUUACAGGAAAAAAGAAAUGAAAAGGCACAGGACGUCUGCACCGAAUUGAAAAAUUUAAGAGAAAUUUUGUUGCAGAAGGAACAAGACCAAAUUGAUUUGCAACAAUCAGUGGCCGAACUGAAAGAAAGCAAUAAAGUGCUGGAAGAUCACAUUACUUUUCUCAAUGAGACGGUGCAUGAAAAAACUGAAGCGGCUAAGAGGCUCCGUCAGGACUAUCGAGUCCUACAGGAGGAGGUUGCAAAGCAAACUAGAUACUGUGAAGAGACAAUCACAGACUUGAAGGCAAUGCUACAGAUUACAAAGGCUGAAGUGGCUUCACUAAACCAGUAUAAGAAGAUCUAUGAAGAACUCCAAGAGGGUUUCCAGUACCCCAUUGAAAUUAAGAAGAAAAUCGCAUUUGCAACAACUUUCAGAAAAUCUCCUGAGAACAGAAAAACAGCACAAACAACAAGUAAGUUUGCAGGGAAACAGAAGAUCUUUCAGCAGUCAAUGGCACAAAUUGUAACAGAAUUGGCCCUUGUAAAUCAACACGAAGAAAGCUUGCAAAAGCAGCUGGAUGAACAAGAGAAGUAUCUGCUUCAGGAAAGACAAGAGGAAGAAAAAUCUGUGAAAUCUGCACCACAUACCACACAAGCUUCAGUGUCAAAGGUCACUUCUGGAAGCUCAGGAUUAGGAAGAGGUUCAAGUUCUUCAGUACUAAGUGGGUUGGAGAACUACAUGGAUGAAUCUCCAGAAGAAAUUUUCUCGGAUACCUUUUCCGCAAAUGAAAUUGUACUAAACAAGUAUUCAGCCAUGAUUUCUACCUCUUGCAACGGUGGAAAUUCAUAUGUAGAGGUGAAGGAAGCCACAAUGUGUUUGAGCUGUGCAGAAAAGACGCUGAUCUGUCCACAUAAAAUUGGUAACAACUGUGUGAUUGCACUACCCAAGAAUUGCACCCAUAUUAAAAUCAGCAGACCCAAAGCUCACAUCAUUACCAUGGAGGCUAAGCUGCCAAGGGCAAGAGAGCAUGUAACUGUCACAGCCUAUGACACAGUAACUGCCACCGUGCCUGAACCGUGUGCCGUCAGUCAAUUCUUGCUGGAUUCCUCAAGCACAGUCUCUGUAGAUCAAUGUAACAAAUCAAAAAAUGACACGGCACAACUACCAUCAGCCCCUGGAGCUUGUAAACUCCAGUCGCCACAGGCAGGGAGCAGCUGGCAGAGGGAAGAGAAAAAUGCUCUGAUAUGCUGUCUUCAUGGAUCAUGCAACCUUCUUAUGUUACCAAAACAGUCAAUGAAUCAUGCCUCAUUUCUAAAAUUCAGUCUUGCAAAUUAAAUAGAAUUUUCUAUAAUAAGAGCUCAGUACUGUUUUGUUGUAUCUGUACAUGUCUGUCAGUCAAUGUGGAACCAUAG